UGUGUGUUAUAACCGAAUUGCGGUUAUUGUUACUAAUUAUUAAGUCACAUAGAUAAUUUCCCCCAAAAAUCCUACGAUGUGCCGCUGAGUCCGUGUCCAUUUUUUGCAUGAAACGGAGCUGAUCAUCUCCUGCCUGUAAACGAAAGUGAAAUUAAGUGUCGGGAUUUUAAAGGCAGAGUCGCCAUUUUAUUAAGAUUCUGGAAUAAUGUAAAGGUAUUCUAUGUUUCAAGAGGCCCCAGCAGGAAUCAUCUGGUCUGGAUCAGCAUAGAAAUGGAUGGAUCUGCUUCUGAAAUGCGCCCCCCUGUGGGGUGUAACAGAAAGAGCCCUGAGAGUGUCCUGAUGAAGAGAGCAGACUCCCCUGUACCCAGCUGUGUUUCCCUGAAGAGUGACAGGUCAAUGGAAAAGGGAGUCAACUUCAAAGAGGGACCUUUUCCUACAGAUCAAAGUGUCCUGAUGGAGAGAGCAGACUCCCCUGUACCCAGCUGUGUUUCCAUGAAGAGUGACUGGUCAAUGCAUGAACCAAUCCACUUCAGAGAGGGACCUUUUCCUACAGAUCAAAGUCACUAGAGGAAAAAGCCAUGAAGUUCCUAAAGGUCGAGCUGAAGACGUUUGUGAGCCACCUAGAUCAGAAUUACCCAGAAUGUUUUGAGCCUCAGCUGGACGAGGACAAUGACCUGGACUGUGAUGGUCAGAUGCAGAAGACCAGUGUUAGAGAGGUAGCUCUGAAGAUCACACUGUACAUCCUGAGGACUAUGAAGCAAAAUGAUCUUGCUGACAUGCUGGACAAGAGACAGCUCAUGCUACAGGAAUUCAAAGGUAAACUUAAGAAGCAAUUUGAGUGUGUAUUUGAAGGGAAAGCUAAGGAAGGACAGCCAACACUUCUCAGUGAGAUUUACACAGAACUAUACAUAACUGAAGGUGGGACUGGAGCAGUCAAUGAUGAACAUGAAGUGAGACAGAUUGAAACAGCAUCCAAGAAAAGGCGAACAGAAGAUACUACAGUCAAGUGCAAUGAUAUAUUUAAACCCUUAUGUGGGCGUGAGACACCUAUCAGAACUGUACUCACUAAAGGGGUGGCAGGUAUCGGGAAAACAGUCUCUGUGCAGAAAUUCAUUCUCGACUGGGCAGAAGGAAAAGCAAACCAGGAUGUUCACUUCAUAUUUGCUCUUCCUUUCCGGGACCUGAAUUUGAUUAAGGGUGAAUACAGUCUGAUUGAACUGCUUCACCGCUUUGUCCCAGAACUGAAAUCAUUUCAGUCCACUGAGCUGUUUAGGUACAAAAUCUUGUUCAUCUUUGAUGGCCUGGAUGAGUGUCGCCUUCCUCUGGAUUUUCAGAACAAUGAGAGCUGGUUUGAUGUAACAAAGAAAACGUCACUGGAUGUGCUGUUGACUAAUGUCAUUAAGGGGAAUCUGCUCCCAUCUGCUCUCCUCUGGAUAACCUCCCGGCCAGCAGCAGCCAAUCAGAUACCUGCUAAGUGUGUCCACCAGGUGACAGAGAUACGAGGGUUCAGUGAUGCCCAGAAGGAGGAAUAUUUCAAGAAGAGAUUUAAUGAUCGGAGCCUGGCCAGCAGGAUUAUCACACAUGUGAAAUCAUCAAGGAGCCUCUUCAUCAUGUGCCACAUUCCUGUGUUCUGCUGGAUUUCAGCCACUGUGCUUAAGAGGUUUUUUAUUGAGACUGACAGGGGAGAAAUUCCAAGGACUCUGACUGAAAUGUACACACACUUCCUGAUCUUUCAGACAAGUUUAAAAAAUGACAAGUAUAUGAAAAACCAAGAAACUAAACUUAAGAAAUACAGCAAGCAAUUCCUUUUGAAACUUGGUAAUCUUGCUUUUGAUAACCUUGAGAAAGGCCAUCUCAUAUUUUAUGAGCAAGACCUGACAGAGAAUGGCAUUGAUGUCACUGAAACUUCAGUUUACUCUGGAGUGUGCACAGAAGUCUUUAAAGAGGAGUAUGGGUUGUACCAGGAGAAGGUGUACUGCUUUGUGCAUCUGAGUAUCCAAGAGUAUCUCGCUGCUUUAUAUGUGUUUCUGUCAAACUCAUCAGCUAACCUGCUGAAGACUGCAGUGGAUCAGGCAUUAGAGAGCAAAAAUGGACACUUGGACCUCUACCUCCGCUUCCUCCUGGGCCUCUCAACAGAAUCCAGUAAGACUCUGUUACAAAGGCUGCUGGGACAGAGAAGAAAGAGAUCACAUGACAUUAACAAAAUAACCAAAUACAUCAAGGAGAAAAUAAAGGAGAAUUUAUCUCCAGAAAGGACCAUCAACCUGUUCCACUGUCUGAAUGAACUGGGUGACAAUUCUCUAGUAGAAGAAGUACAAAGAUACCUGAAUUCAGGAAACAUUUCAGCAGAUGACCUCUCACCUGCACAGUACUCAGCUCUGGCCUUUGUGAUGCUGAUGUCAGAUGAGGAGCUGGAUGUGUUUGAUCUGAAGAAAUACAUCAGAUCAGAUAAACAGCACUGCAGGCUGCUGCCUGUGGUCAAGAACUCCAGGACGGCUCUACAAUGGAAUCAGUAGAAAUGAAGUUUUGCC